GCCGCACCACACUUCAGUUUAGCUCAGCACUCGGACCGUGUCGGUUCGUGACACACCGGUGGUAUCCACGUUCCUUUGGAUGUGAUCCUUCUGAUCUGACAGAAAAUUUUCUUUAUCUCUUUUUAAUAAAAGAAAAAAGAAUUAUAUUCUUUGCGAUUUUCAAUCGUUAAUUGUAAAUAAAAUCGGUGCACCGAUUUAAAAAUACAGAUAUCCUGUUAUUCUUCAUCAUAUUUUGGAUUAUCAAGAGUUUUUUUAUAAACGCCGUGUGAAAUACUUCUCGAAAGGUAGCUAAAAGAUCGUGUCAGGAGGAUGGCAUAAGACGAAAUUAUUCUCGGCCAGCAGCAUGUGCUAUGUUAUAGUCACUGGUCGUAGUCUCCUUUGGACGUUGCUGUCUUUAGCAGCGUUAAUGGCCGUUUUAUCGGCCCUCCUUACCCCGAAAUGGCUCGUCGGACCGCACACGAUUAAGGACACGAAAAAUGGUACGGAAUUAUUCAUACCGACAGUUGGGAUCUUCAAUCGUUGCACGAAAUUAUAUGGAAGAACGCAUUGUGCUAAUUUCAACAUUGACGGAUUCGCAACGCAUUCUUCCGUCUUUCCAGGAUUCUGGAAAGCUUCUCUCUUUUUUAUAUCUUUUGGUUUGGCUGUGAUGACUAUGACCGUGGUGGCUGCUUUAAUUGGAUGCUGUGUUCAAAGUAUCGGGAGGAAAAGUAUCUUCGAUUUAUCUGGAGUAGCUCAAGCGAUCGCCGGAAUAUUGUACUUAAUCGGUUUGAGUUUGUAUCCCGCUGGAUGGGGUGCUGAAAGAGUACGAAGAAUAUGUGGUCCAGAAGCUGAUGCAUUUUAUCUCGGAGAUUGUACUCUCGGUUGGGCAUUUUAUAGUGCCUUAAUAGGUACUGGCCUAACUUUUGCGGCAGCCAUGUUGAGCGGACAAGCUGAAAAAUCUACGGCUAGUGAUAAGGUUCAAGAUAAGAUGAACGAGGGCAGGAUGCUCAUAUGUUUAGCUUAAAAAACAUAAAUAUUAUUUUAAUUGUUAUACAAUAUACGUGAGAUGAUAUUUUUCUUUGGAUACUCUAACUAAGAAUCCUCGGAAUUUUUGUGACGAAUCCUUUUACGGGACCAACCGACAAUUAAUGUUACUUUUGUCUUUUUUUUUUUUACAUUUAUAAUUCGAGUACUUAUUAUUCGUAAGAUAUUUCCUGAAAAUAACGUUUGAUAUUAAUCGUGUAUUGUAUACGAUAUUAAUUAAGAGUAUUAAACAAGGUGAUUGAUAUGAUGAA